AUAGCCACAACAUUCACAUUUGAGCCGUCUCUCCAGAUGCAAGUGCAGCCGCGGUGAUAUGGCAAAGUUGCAUGCAAUACUAAUUCUAGGCAUUUGCCUGGCUUUACAAGGCACUGACGCAUUACCAGUCAAAUCCUCAGCAGCCGAUGGGGCAGAAGGCGCAACAGUUAACACAAAUGAAGCUUCAACGACGACCAGUCCUAACGAAGCCAAGUCCUUAGAUGCCAAUGCAGCAGACAUAAGUUCAGAGGAAAGUGAAUCCGAAUCGGAGUACUCCGAUGAGUUAAUGACUCUUCUCGGCUUUAAUGAUACAAAAGUGUUUCGCCUGUUAAUGUCGAACUACAUAGACUUACAAAAAUUUUCGAAUGCUGUUAUAAAUAUAAGCCAUGACUUCCUAGAAGUUUCACUGAAAACAUUGAGUACACUACCCGAUGAGAAGAGCGCGGGCAUCCAGCUGUACAUAACGCGAAUGAAUCGUUUAAAGAAAAACAUAGACGAACUCGAUAUGUCGCCAAUCUCUUUCGAAUACAUCGGGGAAAGAUCUGAUAUUUUAGAAGAAUUUUCAGGUUUGUACGAUGAUUUUUCAAAAAUGGAUUUUAAUGGAUUGUCCGAAAGUGAUGUCGCUGUUCUGAAGGAACUGUUUGAUAAAAUCGAUUUGAAAGUUUAUAUGGAACGCAUAGACGCUGCGUUGGAAAAAACGGUGAAGAAACUUGCCAAAUUGGAGCACAAAUUCUUUUCGAAUCUUAAUGCAGAAGAGAAACAGAAAUACGCGCCAUUAGUUGAGUGGUACGAUAAGUUCAAGGAGCGAAAGUCAGACCAGGAAAAAUUGAGAGAUGCAAGUGAUUUGAAUAAAUAUCUGUUUGAAAACCGUUUUAGGUAAAAUUAAUUUGAAAUUUUAAGCUAGCUACUGGUGUGAAUACAGAGGAAAUUCCAAUAUUACUGCAAUAAUGAAUGUAUGAAAUAUACUUAUUAUUAAAAAUAUUAAACGAUACGAAAUGAAUGGAAAAUGAAAUGGA